AUGCUGGGGGCCUGCCUGGGCCUCUGGGUCUGCACCCUGGCCUGUGCGGUCCACGCCUAUCCCAACACCUCCCCGCUGCUGGGCUCCAGCUGGGGCGGCCUGACCCACCUGUACACGGCCACGGCCAGAAACAGCUACCACCUGCAGAUCCACAGGGACGGCCACGUGGAUGGCUCACCCCAGCAGACCAUCUACAGUGCCCUGAUGAUCAGAUCUGAGGAUGCGGGAUUCGUGGUGAUUACAGGGGUGGUGAGCCGGAGAUAUCUCUGCAUGGACUUCAGAGGCAACAUUUUUGGAUCUCAUCACUUCAGCCCCGAGAGCUGCAGGUUCCGGCAGCGGACGCUGGAGAACGGCUACGACGUGUACCACUCGCCGCAGCACCGCUUCCUCGUCAGCCUGGGUCGGGCCAAGCGGGCCUUCCUGCCGGGCACCAACCCGCCCCCGUACGCGCAGUUCCUGUCGCGCAGGAACGAGAUCCCGCUGCUGCACUUCGCCACCGCGCGGCCCCGGCGCCACACGCGCAGCGCGCACGACGGCGGGGACCCGCUGAGCGUGCUCAAGCCGCGCGCCCGCGCCACGCCCGCGCCCGCCUCCUGCUCGCAAGAGCGGCCCAGCGCCGAGGACAGCGGCCCUGCGGCCAGCGACCCGCUGGGGGUGCUCCGCGGCCACCGGCUGGACGCGCGCGCCGGGCCGGGGGGCGCCGAGCGCUGCCGGCCCUUCCCCAGCUUCGCUUAG